UCAGCAUUUUAACGUUGAUACGCGCCAAGUAGGGCAUAAAGAACAGGUGUUAAUGUACACUACACAUACUAAAGAGAUCUACAGUAGAUCUACUUUACACAUUGACUUCUUGUUAUCCUAAGGAUUAUUAUAGAUCUAAUACCUAACUAGAGAGAAUCUAGAUCAAGUAGCUGUGCUAAGAAGGAAAUAAACAUCUAGCUUUCACCAUAUUAGACUAUAAAUGGAAUCAUCCAUUUUGUCAACAUUUUCCAUCAGAAAGAGCUCACGUUUAAGUGUCCGGCAGAGCAAAUGUUUAACACCUUCUAGUGCCAAGAGUGGUCAAUUACUUAAAUUAGUUAAAGUUGGAUCUGUCUCAGAACCAAGGAGUACUAAGGAAAUAAAAACAACUUCCCUAUUCAAAACUUUACUUCAGAAAGACAACUCUUUACCAGUACAGGAAGUUUUGGAAAUCAAGAAAGACUCAAGCCUCAGUUUUAAAAAGUCUUUAACAAAGGUUGACAAGUCACCAAGUCCCUCAAGCAAACUUCACCCCAGUUCACCGAACUCUUCAGAUAAAUGUCAAGCUUGUGGUGGUCAAGAAACUUCCCCUGAACGUUUGUCCAAGUUGAACAUUUUGGUGUCCCCAAAGAAAAGAAAGUCAGAUGAAAAUGACUUCAGAGAUCUCCAUGUAUCUCCCAUCAAAACUCCCAAAGCCUCCCCAGAAAACAGAAUUCCCCACUUUCAAUACAGAACACCUACUACAGAUUCUUGCUCGACCUCGCCACAGACCCCUAAAUCAUCUAAGAUGGUGCCUAUAGAAUGUAAAUCUACACCUAGACGGCUGUUUGGCUCUCCUCAAAAGAAAGGUGAAAAUUUAGCUUCUAUGUUGCUCAAGCAGAAGGCAGGCUCAUAUUCUACCCCUGAUAAAAAAUCCCCUAAAAAGCUUCAGCCAGUUAAACUGUACAAAUCAGACAUUUCUCCAUACCAGUCAGCCAAAAGAAGUCUUCACACAGCUAAGCCAGAUUUUCUUGUUGGGCGGGAGAAAGAAGAGUCUGAGAUUGAAAAGUUUAUCACUGACAGGAUUAAGGAGAAAAAGAGUGGCAGCAUGUAUAUAUCUGGUGCUCCAGGAACGGGAAAAACAGCAGUGGUUAGCCAUAUCCUCGACAGAAUCAAGUUUCAUCACACCAAUCAAAUAGCAUUCAUCAAUUGCAUGAUGCUAAAAGAUUCCAAUACUGUGUUCAAGCAAUUGCUGGAGCAGCUUGGGACUUCACCUGUGAAAACAAAGGAAGCUAUGAAGGCUUUAGAGAAAUAUUUCAGAUCUGUAGAAGACCCUGUUCUUUUAGUACUGGACGAGAUUGAUCAACUUGACAGCAAACAUCAUCAUGUCCUGUACCAGAUUUUUGAAUGGCCAGCUUUACAGGAUAUUAAGGUCAUUUUAAUAGGAAUCGCCAAUGCUUUGGACUUAACAGAUCGCAUCCUUCCAAGGCUGCAGGCUUCAUCAUCUUGUCAACCUGCCCUCAUCAACUUCCCCCCCUACACCACCUCCCAGAUUACUGACAUUAUUAAAAACAGAUUGCAACAAGAUAGCGUAUUAGAACCUGCUGCCAUAAGCUUUUGUGCCAGAAAGAUUUCAGCAGUUGCUGGGGAUGCCAGAAAAGCUUUAGAUGUCUGUCAUCGAGCAAUAGAACUGGUUGAGUCAGAUGUCCGUGGCCAGCAAGUAUUGAAACCUGCAGAUUGCAACAGUCCAACUAAAAGACAUCAGACGCCCAUGAAAAAGGUCACUGUCAUGCACAUUUCAAAGAUCAUGUCUGAAGUCUAUAGCUCCAGUGUUAACUCAGCAGAUGGCAGUGAACAUGCCCUGCCCUUGCAACAGAAACUAGCCAUCUGUUCUUUACUUUUGUUGGUGAAGAGUGGCAAAUUCAAGGAGGUCCUUCUUGGGAAACUCCAUGAAACUUAUUCUAAUGUGUGCAAGCGUCAGCAGAUGGUGCCAGUUGACCAAAGUGAGUUCCACUCUGUCUUGACUCUGUUAGACUCCAGAGGAAUCAUCAUCAUGAAAAAAGCCAAAGAAACAAGAUUGAACAAGAUUUCCUUGAAAUUGGAUGAACACGAGCUGGAACAGACGCUAAAAGACAAGACCUUAAUGGCUGCCAUUCUAAGUGACAAAAUUCCUAAAUAAUAUUGUGUUUGUGUGAAUUCAAAUUUUUAUUUCGUCUUUCAUGAGAAUUUCCAAUGCAAUGAAAUUUUGAUGUUUGAAUAUGUACCAUACAUUUUUAACUCUUAAACAUCAUUUUGUAAAUGUUAAUUUAUUUUCUGGAUGCAUCAUCAUGGUAGCAAGUGCAAUUUAUUCCUCAUUAAAAGUAAAUUAAGAUCCAUUUAAAUAAAUAAUGUAUUGUUCUAUUGAUUUUUUAUUAUAAGUUUUUUUUUUAUAACUGUAAAUGGUUAAGUUAAAAAGAUAAGUUUAGUAACAAUGUAACAAUUAGAAUUAUUUGUUGAUUCUGUCUGUAAACACCCCCACCCCCCCUUUUUUCCCCACAAUGAACUGGUGUUUUCAGGCCCCAACCCAUUGAGCUAACAUUAUGGUCUGGUCAGCCAGUUUUAUUGUUAUUUUGAAUUAUUAUUAUUUUUUUUUUAAAUCAGGAGUUCAUGACUAACAUUGUUUCCUAGGCUUUUAAAAUUUAAAAAAACAAAGAACUUUGAUGUUGAGGAGAUAUUGAUGUCUGUUAUUACUUAAAGCUGCCAUUAGUUUUAAAAAUACACUAUUGAUGAUUUGGGUAUGAAAUUUUUAUUUUUACUGUUUUAAAUUAUCUUAAAUUUUGCUCAGUAAAUAAAAGAUUGUAAUGAAGA